CUCUUGGAGAACUGCACAGGCUGCGUCCUGUGCUCGGAGGAGAACGGCUGCAUCACCUGCCACCACCGGCUCUUCCUGCUCAUCUGGAGGGAUGGCAUCCGCCAGUACGGGGUGUGCGUCCACACCUGCCCCCCCGGCUACUUCGGCGUGCGGGGUCUGGAGGUCAACAGAUGCACAAAGUGCAGGUCGCCCAGCUGCGAGAGCUGCUUCAGCAAAGACUUCUGCAUGAAGUGCAAGGAGAUGUUCUACCUGCACAAGGGCCAAUGCUUCCGGCAGUGCCCCCCCAGCACCGCAGCGCAGCCCGGCACCCGCGAGUGCCAAGAAACAUGCGAGCCAGGGCCCUGGAGCGAGUGGAGCGCCUGCACUCAUGAGGGCCGGAGCUGUGGCUGCAAAUGGGGUCUGGAGACGCGGGUGCGCGAGGUGUCGGGCACCCCAAGGGAGGAGGGGGCUGCGUGCCCCGCACUGCUGGAGAGCCGCAGGUGCCGCCUGAGGAAGCACUGCCCGGGAGAGAAAACCAAACUCAAAAACAAAGGCAAGAAGCGGCAGAAGAAGCAGAGGACAGAGCAGGAUGCGGGCACC